AUGGACGGAUCCGCUUCCUCGACGACGACCCUCCAGCAGCCUGGACCUAACAUAAUUCGACUGCAACAAGGGAUCACGCGGACCGUGAAGCCCGCCACCAGUGGUGAGAAGAGCUUCAAGGAAAUCCCGGUUCUGGACGUGUCCCGCAUGUACAGCGAGGACCUGGCCGAGCGAGAGAAGCUGGCAGUCGAGGUUCGUGAUGCCGCGACCAAGGUCGGGUUCAUGCAGAUCAAGAACCACGGCGUGCCUCAAGAGGCGAUCGACGCGGCGUUUGAUCACGUCAAGGAGUUCUUCGCCCUGCCUCUGGACGCGAAGAUGAAGUUGACGCAACAUCAAAACCCUCACUUUCUGGGCUACGAGCCUCUCUACGAGACCAAUGUCGGCGGGCUCAAGCGCGGAGAUUGCAAGGAGUCGUUUUCCUUCGCCUACGACCCAGACGACGAUCCGUCCGGGGGCAAGGACAUGCCUGCUAUCAUCAGGAGAGUCUCUCAAUGGCCAGAACCGUCCGUCGUCCCGGGAUAUCGCGAGGCGUUGGUCAAGUAUCAGCAGUCACUGCUUGCUUUGGCCAGACGCUUUAUUCGCAUAUUCGCCCUGGCUUUGAACCUGCCCGAAGACCACUUUGAUAAGAUGGUCACUCACCCGCUGGCCGGCGUGCGCACUUUACACUAUCCUCCCAUGACGGGGUCGGACGACCAAGAGAUUGGCCUUGGUGCCCAUACCGAUAUCGAAUUCUUCACCAUCAUCGUCCAGACCAUCAACAAGCACCCGGCGCUUGAGGUCCUGAAUGCAGACGGCGAGUGGAUCAAGCUCUACCCGCAGUUCGGCUGCUUCGUGGUCAAUCUUUCCGAUAUGAUGAUGCGGAUGACCAACGACAUCUUCUUGUCGACGGUCCACCGUGUCAUCAACCGCGGCGAGACGGAUCGCUAUUCGAUCCCGUUCUUCUUCGGCGCCAAUGCCAACGAGCUCAUCGAGGUUUUGCCCAGUUGCACCUCGGAAGAGAAUCCCCCCAAAUACGAGGGAAUGACCACUUAUGAUCACUCGAAUGCACGUCUUCGGAUUGCAAGGUACCAGCAUCCCAAUGCCAAACAGGCACAAGUGUUUCUACCCAAGAAAUACGUCGUACGGAAAGGUGUGCCCGUGUUCCCGGAGGAGCAGUAG